AUGUUGACAUCAGGACUGAUUGCCCGCGGGGCCCCUACAUUUCCCAAAUUCCUACUUUAUACCAAAGCUACUCUUAUCCUUCUUUCAGUUAUCGUCUUGGCGUUGGCCUCCUAUGUGCUAUCUAUUCAGCACAGUAACCCCUCUUAUAACUCCGGAGUUCCAGAAUAUCUGAUCUUCCUAACAGUAUUUACGUGGGUCGUCUACGGUGCCCCGCUGGCUAUUGAGCUCAAAGCACCUCGAUUCUAUUAUCGCAUAGUAGUAUUGGCUGCUUAUGCUCUAAACUCGAUCUUCUGGCUAACAGGCUGGGCUUGGAGCGCGUCUUGGGCCUCGUAUGGCCUCUCAUUCAACAAUGGUUACGAAGAGAGCAGCGGUAAAGACCUAUGGAAUACAUUCGGAUCUGUAAUGGGAGCCUGCGCAGGUCUUGGAGCUCUAAUAUGGGUUCUAUCUAUCGCAGAAUUCGGUUUCUUCUGCCACUUCGCAUUACGAAACUUCAAUCCUAUGUAUAUUGGCAACGCAGGGUCUGAGCGGGCACACCUGAGGACUCAAUAUGAGGUUCAGACCCCCCGGCCAUCUCAGCGCAGUUAUACUACGCAGUCAGUCUAUGGGGGGCAACCCCAGAGAGAUUAAGUUAUUAAUCUACAAUAUAUGACAAGCGACUGAAUAUAUUGAUUCACUGGAUAUAUAUUCUUUUCGUUGGCACCUUAAAUUAGAAAUUAGAGAGCUAUUUCGCCUGUAGUAUAUUCAACUCGAUGAACUUCAGAGCCAGCAAAAGGUCCGUAAAUUAAGGUUUCCGGACUUGGACGAAUAAAUCAGUUAAAUAUAUACCUUAUAAGUUAGUAAACGGCGAUAUAUCGGUAUGUC